AUGAUGUUCCCCGGCCUCCUUGCGCCCCCCGCGGGAUACCCUAGCCUCCUGCGACCCACGCCCACCUUAACACUGCCCCAGUCCCUUCAAUCCGCAUUUUCUGGCCACUCUAGUUUCCUAGUAGAAGAUUUGAUCCGCAUCAGCCGGCCCCCCACCUACCUGCCCCGCAGCAUACCCACUGCCAGCCUGUCACCCCCGAGGCAGGAGGCCCCCACAGCCCUCGCCGACUCUGGGACCUCGGACCUGGGCUCUCCUGGGUCCGGGAGCCGGAGGGGCAAUUCUCCACAGACCGCCCUCUCCCCUGCCAGCGAGCCCACGUUUCUGAAGUUUGGGGUGAAUGCCAUCCUUUCGUCCGCGCCCAGAAGAGAAACUUCGCCGGCUUUGCUGCAGAGCCCCCCUCCCAAGACGUUCGCCUUUCCAUACUUCGAAGGCUCGUUCCAACCCUUCAUCAGAUCCUCCUAUUUUCCAGCUUCCUCCAGCGUCGUGCCUAUUCCUGGUACCUUCUCCUGGCCGCUGGCCGCUCGCGGCAAGCCUCGCCGGGGCAUGCUGCGCAGAGCCGUGUUCUCUGACGUGCAGCGAAAAGCCCUGGAGAAGACGUUUCAGAAACAGAAGUACAUCAGCAAGCCAGACCGGAAAAAGCUGGCCUCCAAGCUGGGCUUGAAGGACUCGCAGGUGAAAAUCUGGUUCCAGAAUCGACGCAUGAAGUGGCGGAACUCCAAAGAGCGGGAGCUCCUGUCUAGCGGGGGCUGCCGAGAGCAGACCCUCCCUACAAAACUGAACCCUCAUCCGGACCUCAGUGAUGUAGGCCAAAAGGGCCCUGGGGAUGAGGAGGAAGAUAGUCCGGGUGCCAGCCUGGCUUACCAUGCACCCCCAGACCCUCGACACCUGCUGGAAGGGCCACUGCCUGCCUCGCCAGCGCACUCGAGCAGCCCGGGUAAACCCUCAGACUUCUCUGAUUCUGAUGAGGAUGAGGAAGGUGAGGAGGACGAGGAAAUCACUGUGUCCUAG